AAGGUGCCAUUUUCUAAUUUUUCUAUUUUUAAUAUUAAAUAAAAAAAGGACUGAACAAAUGAUACACAGAUUUCAAUGGGACCCAUCAACUGUUUAGUUAUAGUGCCAUUUUUCAAAAUAUCUUCUUUGGUGUUCAGCAGAAGACACUCAUAACUAACUUGGAACUACUUGAGGGUGAGUAAAGGAUGACAGAAUUUACAUUUUUGGGUGAACUAUCCCUUUAAUGGUAGCAGCAGAAACCAAGUCAGGAGGAAGCAAAUAUAUAAAAUGAUCAGGAAAAGGAUGAUCAGCAAGCAAACUGUGUACCUUGCAAUGAUUAGAGUGAUGAUAAUAAAGAUUCAUUAAUAAUGCAUUGUAAUUAAUUAUAUUCAUCACUGAUUGCUGACCAUGUUUGACCAAUUAAACACUUUUGAGCCUACUUGUUCUAGAAUAAUAAUACAUUUAAAAACAAGGAAAAUUACUAGUAUACAGCUUGUCAUUAUCUGACUGCCAUCUACUGGAUAUAACAAAGAACACUGAGAGUGAUCUGGCACUUUUCACAGGUAUGGAAACACUUUGUGCUAUUUUCUUUCUUUCUUUCUUUCUUUCUUUCUUUCUUUCUUUCUUUCUUUCUUUCUUUCUUUCUUUCUUUCUUUCUUUCUUUCUCUUUCUUUCUUUCUUUCUUUCUUUCUUUCUUUCUUUCAAGGCACAACCCCUUAGCUUUUAUUGUACAAUAUGGUACCAAUUCCAAUUUUAUCUUUUUUUUUUUUCUUGAGGUUUUCUAACAAAUUGUAUUGUUUAUUGCUAGAAAAUAACAAAUAGCCCACAUAAUAGUUUUAAACUGUAAUAAUUGCAUUUAUAGACCAAGAGUGACGUCGUUUCUGAGAAGCCCAUGUGGCACCACCUGCUCUAUAAAACAGUGCUGCAACAUAAUCUUUAUCAUACAUUAACAAGUCAAGUGAGUGAGAGAGAGUAAUAAUGAUGUGGAGCUCUCUAUAUUUAUGUAUUUAUCUACCCUUUACCUGUAUCUCUGCAGCUUCAAUCACUAGGUCAGGCUCCUGUCAACUCCAGGGACGCUUCAGGUUAAAUGGGAUGUUUCAAGAAGGAGACCUUAUCAUUGGAGGCCUGUUUGCAUUUCAUCUCAUUACAGUGUUCCCAGAACUGAACUUUAAAAGAGAACCGGAACAGUCGCAUUGUGAGCGAUUCUAUAUGGCAAGUUUCCAGCAGGCACAGACUAUGGUAUUUGCCAUUAAUGAGAUAAAUAACAAUCCUAACCUGUUGCCUAACAUCACCCUUGGUUAUCAUCUGUAUGACAACUGUGUGAAGCUUGGAGUGGCUUUCAGGUCUGCAACAGCCCUGCUUAGUGGGACAGAGGAGACCUUUUCCAAUUUCAACUGCACUGGCCCACCACCGGUAAUUGGGAUUGUGGGGGAUCCUGGAUCUACUCACUGUAUAGCAAUAUCCAGUGUGUUAGGACUAUUUCGAAUACCUAUGGUUAGUUACUAUGCCACCUGCUCCUGUUUAAGUGACAGGAAAAAGUACCCCACUUUCUUCAGAACAAUCCCCAGUGAUGCCUUCCAGGUGCGAGCUAUGGUUCAGAUCUUGAGACAUUUUGGAUGGACCUGGGUUGGUCUCGUCUACAGUGAUGAUGAUUAUGGUAUCAACGCUGCUUAUUCCUUCCAAAAGGAAGUGCAGUUGUUUGGAGGUUGUGUUUCUUUUUCUGAAAUCCUUCCUCUUGAUAACAACCAAAUAGACAUCCAUCGCAUUGUACAAGUGAUUCAGGCCUCUACAGCAAGAGUGGUGGUGGUGUUCUCCACAGAAGCCUAUCUGCUGCCUUUAAUGGAUGAGGUGGUAUUGCAGAAUGUAACAGGCAGACAGUGGAUUGCAAGUGAAGCUUGGGCCACUUCAUCCGUGUUUCACACUCAGCGUCUUUUGCCCUUCCUGGGGGGCACACUGGGUAUCGCCAUCAGGCGAGGGGAAAUCCAGGGACUUCAUGACUUUCUUCUUCGCCUCCAUCCUGACAGUAAUCUGAGAAAUAAUAUGGUGAGAAUCUUCUGGGAAAACAUGUUUGGGUGCAGUUUUGACACAGGAGGCAGAGAGGGAGAAAGAAUAUGUACAGGACAGGAGGAUCUGAGAAGCACAAACACAGCAUACACUGAUGUAUCAGAGCUGAGGGCCUCAUAUAAUGUGUACAAGGCAGUUUAUGCUAUAGCACAUGCACUUGAUGGCCUUAUGCAUUGUCAGGAAGGGAGAGGACCAUUCAGUGGGAACAGCUGUGCCAACAUAUCCAACCUGAAACCCUGGCAGCUAGUUCACUAUCUACAGAUAGUGAACUUCACCACAGGCUUUGGGGAUCAUGUGUCAUUUGAUAACAAUGGAGAUGCUCUGGCUAUCUAUGAUGUGAUGAACUGGCAGCCGAGCUCUGAUGGGUCAAUAGUUGUCCAUACAGUUGGUGUGGUGGAUGAAGGGGCAGCAACAGGGAAGGUGCUGACACUGGAUGAGGAUGCAUUAUACUGGAACGUAGAGACAAAUAAAUCCCCACGGUCUGUGUGCAGUGAGAGCUGCCCCCCGGGCACCAGGCGAGCCAGAAGGAAGGGCCUUCCUGCCUGCUGUUUUGACUGCCUGCCAUGUGCAGAUGGAGAGAUUUCUAAUAUAUCAGAUUCCAUUGAGUGCAUAGUUUGUCCAGAUGAGUUCUGGUCUAAUACAGAUAAAAAUCAGUGUGUACCCAAAGAAGUGGAGUUUCUAUCCUAUGGGGAACCUCUUGGCAUUUCCCUGAGCACUGCCUCCUUGCUUGGCACCUGUAUCUGUUCUGCAGUGGUUGUCAUCUUUGCACAUUACCGCCACACUCCAGUUGUGCGAGCUAACAAUUCAGAGCUCAGCUUCUUGCUGCUGGUGUCACUCAAACUGUGUUUUUUGUGUGUGCUACUGUUCAUUGGCCGGCCGCAGUUGUGGACGUGUCAAUUGAGACAUGCUGUGUUUGGCAUAAGCUUUGUCUUGUGCAUCUCCAGCAUCCUGGUCAAGACUAUGGUGGUAAUAGCUGUGUUUAAGUCAUCUCGACUAGAGGGUAAAAGUGCUAUGAAAUGGUUUGGAGCAGCUCAACAAAGAUGCACAGUUCUGGUCCUAACAGCCCUCCAGGUUGUCAUAUGUGCAGUAUGGCUAUCAAAUGCAUCUCCAAAACCCCAUAAAAACAGCCAGUAUAUCAAUUCCAAAAUAGUAUAUGAAUGUACUAUUGGCUCAGUGGCUGGUUUUUCCAUGCUACUCAGCUAUAUUGGCCUUUUAGCAGCAGUAAGUUUUCUGUUAGCCUUCCUGGCAAGAAACCUUCCAGACAAUUUUAAUGAAGCAAAGUUCAUCACUUUUAGUAUGCUAAUCUUCUGUGCUGUGUGGAUUGCAUUUGUUCCAGCAUAUGUGAGCUCUCCAGGGAAAUAUGCAGUAGCUGUGGAGAUAUUUGCCAUCCUGGCUUCAAGUUUUGGAUUACUGAUCUCCAUAUUUGCUCCAAAGUGCUACAUUAUUAUAUUACACCCAGAAAGAAACACUAAAAAGGCCCUCAUGGGAAGAGCAACCUGAAAUAACUGAUUUUAAACAGUCUUAAACAGUCUAUUAUACAUGAUAUGUACUGCUUAUUGAAACUUGAAUAAACAUCUUUGAUGCAAUUUAAGAACAAUUAGCAACUGUUUGUAGUCAGAUAAGCUCAGGUGGCUUUCAGAAAAUGUCUAGCAAUUUAUUAUUCCAUCUGACCCAUACUCAAAUUGAUUUGAAAUAAAGUGAUUUUUCAGUAACACUUUUCAUCUUACUUUUCAUCAUGACCAAGUGAAGUGUUGAAGUGAUGUAACCGGUGUUGCAGCUGAACACUGGUAACACUGUCGAUCUCAGCAAGUUAACUAUGUUAGUUAAGUAAUAUAACAUGAGUAUACUCCUGUUUCUCCGAGUAUUGGCAUGACUGCAAAUGUGAUACUGAUCUUAUUUAAGUCCAAUAAAUAAGCGAUUAAGCGAUUUAACAUUAGACACAAUAAUGUCUGUUUUUGCUUUAUUUCAUGAAAACAGUUUCAAAGAAAGCCACACCAGAACUAUUGUGCAUCUCCAAGCAACAGUGAUUCCUGAAAGAAUCUGUGUUUUGAACAACUGAAUGAAUGA